UAGUUUUUUACCAGACGUCGUUGAGUUCGUGCAACCAGAACAACCACCGAAAUCCGAACCAAAAUUCCCAAACACCAAUUUAGGAUUAUUCUCACCAUGGUGAAUACAACAAUGCAGGAGUGGAUGUCCAACGAAAUGGAACGUUUAUCCUUAAAAUGGGAACGCUAUAAACCAGCCUGUUCGGGAUAUAAUCGCAUACACUCGGUACGCCUGUCCAAGAGUGUUACCCAUAUGCUUAAUAAUCCCCUGCCUGCCGAGGAUCGUUUAGGUGGCAGCUGUUCAUCGACGACGUCUAUGCAACGAAGUGCCAGUCAAACUUCACAAGUCUUGAGUCGUUCGCCAUCAUCGUGGGAGGAAGUUUAUCCUACAGUGCGAAUCACACGCCAAGACUCGGAGGGGGAAAGAAAAGAGAGUGCACAAAAGUUCGCCUACUAUCGGAAUUGUUCGACACGUGUCACGUAGAAUGCUAUGCCAGGGCGUAUGGAUUUAUUUGGAAACAAUUUGAAAAUAUAGAUGAUAAUAAUUUGUGGAAAGUGCAGCAUUUUGAUGGCAAUGUCGCCCAAGCGUUGGCACUUGUAAACGGAGCAAUGCAUUUCGUUUUUGCUGAUAAUUGCAACUCCUUGCGGUAGAAUAAUUUUGAAUAGUUUUUCUAGAUUUAUAUAUUUGUAAAAGAGAUUUCUAUUUUUGUAUAUCCCUGAUGUCAAGAAGAGAAGGAAAGUGAAUGUUAAAGUGUCCCCCUGUAGAUUAAGAUGAAUAUGCCGAAACAAAUUACAAACGAAAUUGUUUCAAUAACAAUUAUGUUUCAAUAAAAACGACAUGUUUGUUAUAAACAAAAAGAAACAAAA